GGCUGCUCGCAAGCCUGUGGUCGAGAUAAGGAUACAUUUGCAGCACGUUUGUAAAAAGAAGCUGAAGAUCUGCUUCACGUAGAGACUUGGGGACUCUCUGGCCCGUAUGAGGAAUUUAUUGGCUGUUUUUCUGUUGUGAACCGUGGGAAUCGAGAUCAAGGGCAUUUCUUGUGCUAAAGAACAGCCCUGCAGAAUUGGAACUGUGUGUGAGGCAGAAAGGUGAUACGCUUGAGGUAUCCUGCAGCUCGGGAAUGAACAUUCGCAUGUAUUGAUUAGUUGAAGUAAUACCUCUGGGGCUCAGAAGGUAUCCAACUUCCUUAGAGCCAGAGAUAAACGGCUGUCCGCGUGGGAGAAACAGCUCAGGAAAGAACUCUCCUUGGUUUCUUUGAGAAGAGAAGGACCCAGGAACGCUGAUGAUCUGAGAACUACUGAAACUGCCACUUGGUUCAUUCUGUGAUCCUGCCUUUCUGCCCUGCUGCACCUUGGUGACACUGUCCGUUCUUUUCCAUUUGAGAACGCUUUUCUUCUUAUGUGGAGCUGAGAGCUGGGAAUGCGUUAUUAUGGCAGCAGUUGUACAGCAGAAUGAGCUUGUGUUUGAAUUCGCCAGCAACGUCAUGGAGGAUGAGCAGCAGCUUGGUGAUCCAUCCAUUUUCCCUGCUGUCAUCGUGGAACAUGUCCCUAGUGGAGAUCUCCUAAACAACUAUUCUGGCUUAACCUGUGUGGAUGAGCCCAGUGACAUGAUCACUGAGAAUUCUCUGGAUGUUGCAGAGGAACAAAUCAUCGAAGAUGAUGAUAUCCCCCUCACAGUUGAAACAUCGUGUCAUAAUGGAGAUGAAACUAUGGAAACAAUUGAGGCUGCUGAAGCACUUCUCAAUAUGGACUCCCCCGGUCCUAUGUUGGAUGAGAAAAGAAUAACAGCUAUGUUUGGCUCAACUGAAGAUGAAGAUAUAGUGGCUCCUAUUACACAUGUAUCAGUCACUCUUGAUGGGAUCCCUGAGGUCGUGGAAGUUCACCAAGCCCCGGACCCUUACUCUGAGUCACCAGAGACUCCGGAAUUUGAACAACCAAAGAAGAAAAAGGGGAAGAAGCCAAAACCCUCUCGUCCUGAGUCCCCGACAACAACGCCAAACAUAUCUGUGAAAAAGAAAAACAAAGAUGGGAAGGGAAACACAAUUUAUCUCUGGGAGUUUUUACUAGCACUGCUUCAGGACAAAGCUACGUGUCCUAAGUAUAUCAAGUGGACUCAAAGAGAGAAGGGCAUUUUCAAACUCGUAGAUUCCAAGGCCGUGUCCAGGUUGUGGGGAAAGCACAAAAACAAACCUGACAUGAAUUAUGAAACAAUGGGUAGAGCUCUCAGAUAUUAUUACCAAAGAGGAAUACUGGCUAAAGUAGAAGGUCAGCGCCUAGUGUAUCAGUUUAAGGAAAUGCCAAAAGAUCUCGUCUAUAUAGAUGAUGAAGAUGCAAGUCCUAGCACUGAAUCAUCAGAUUCAAGUUUGCUCUCAACUCCUGUGGCCAGUAGAAACCAGUCGAGCAGAUCUAGAGCGUCUGCAAACACAGGAACAAAGGGAGGAUCCACCACAGUUCUAAAAACAGGAAAUUCAAAGCCUGCUAAGCUUAAGGAGCACGUAGAAGUUGUACAGCAGCAGACACCUGGCUUGACUUCAGAAGUUUUGAGGACAAUGCAGUCUACGCAGCCAGUACAUCCCACUCAGCUUUUUCGGACAGUUCACGUAAUGCAGCCAUUGCAUACCCUCACAGAAGGACACGCGGCUGUAACCAGUAACGUUCCAGAUGAAACAUUAAAUCCCUCAGUUCAGAAUAUAAGGACUUUACAGACUCCAACCCAAGUCCCAGUGGUUGUUUCUCCUGGAAAUCAGCAGCUUCAUACUGUAACACUCCAGACGGUGCCUCUUACUACAGUGAUAGCCAGCACAGAUCCAGCCUCAGCAGCAACGCCCCAAAAAUUUAUUUUACAAGCCAUUCCUACUUCACAGCCCAUGACAGUUCUUAAAGAAAAUGUCAUGCUACAGUCUCAGAAGCCAGUCUCACCUCCUUCCUCGAUUGUGCUGAGCCCAGCACAAGUUCAGCAGGUUCUCACCAGCAGCGUGCAGACAAUAUGCAAUGGAACAGCUAACGUGGCUUCGUCUCCAUCCUUCACUGCCACCACCCCAGUGGUAACUUUUUCACCCAGCAGUUCACAGGUGGUUGCUCAUCCAUCUGGCACAGUGAUCACUUCAGUUAUUAAAGCAACAGAAGCUAAACAGAUUGGGGUACAAGGAGUGCUAAAAGAAGACGACGGUGACAAAUUAGAUGAUCCUGAGCAGUCCGAGCAGAGAUUCCAGCAGCAGCCGUUUGUGAUGGUAGUAUCCAGUUCAAAUAGUUUCCCAUCUAACAUACAAGCAAAGCAAGAAAAUGAGCCAUUGGAACCCAAUUCAUAUUAAUAAGUUAAAAAAAAAAAGAAAAAAAAAGACCCUGUGGAUGAUUAUUUUCAUAAAUGUGAUGGGACCUUUUCAGUUUUGUGUAUAUAUAAUUUGAUUCAGAAGCAAGACGUUACAAAGCUACCUAAUUUCUGCAUUUAAUUGUUAGAAUUCAUGCUUUAGAACAGAUUUUGAUUUUCUGUUAAUUGCUAAAUGUUAUCAUAAAAUUGCAUAUUACUGAUGUUUCAAAGUACAGGCAUGAAGAAACGUGCUUUUUAUGUUAUGAAGACGUUAUUUUGAGGUUGUUUGCCAAAGCUCCAAACUUCUUUCUUACUGUAUUGUUUUCAGUCUGUUGCUGAUUUACAUUGCAAUAAGAUUAUUAUAACCUUUUUCUGUUUAAUCUGUACAUGUAUCACUUAGCUUUUGAAGCAACAGUUACUUUUCAUUGGACGUUUUCAUUCCAUGCGUAUGAAUGUUGCUGGAUAUCUUUCAUACCGGAGAAUUACAUCAAUCUUACACACCGAUAACCAGAUAUCCUCUUGCAUUUUUUUUUGCAGCACAAGCUCUUGUGUGUGCAGAACGGAAUAUACACUCCUAUUGAGAGUACACAAAACAUUUAUUCCAGUAAUGGACAAUGCCCUGUCAAUAUUUUAUAAGAAAACAUCAGAUAGAUAUAUUUAAUUACAGAAGCUAACAGCAUCACUACAGGUGCAAAAGUUUCAUGCCAUUUUGUGACUAUGAAGCUUAACAAUCUUGCUUUCUACUUCAGAUUAUUUUGUAGGGGGGAGGGAGAAAAAAAUAUAUACAAUUUAUGCAGAUAUUCUGAGAUUAAUACUGCUAAGAGUUCUUUUUGAUUGUAAAUAAUGUACAUUCAAUAAGGAAGUUUUUUUUUUUUCAGCUAAUUUGUUUCCAUACAAAUUUUUGAUAGAAGAAAAUAAGAUCAUUAUGUUUAGAGGUUUAAUAUUAUAUGUAUUCAUAUUACAGAGUGAAUUUGUAUUUAAAGACAAAUUUUUAAAUGAUGGAGCCCUCUGAACCUUUGGUUCUUGUCUUUUGUAUUUUUAAUUGGUUUAUUAUGAAAAUAAAUCAAAUGGAAAAACA